CCGCGCCCAACGUCAGUCUCGCUGUUGUCCGCGUCCGCGACGGUCGUGUGCGUACGCGCGCUAAAACAUAACACGUGCGUCGUAUGCGUGUUUUCCUUCCUCGUGAGAGAAAAAGAGAAACGAGUCGACCUUGAAAAAAGUACGCUAGUGUCGGCGAGUGAGAAAGAGACGCAACGAAGUAUACAGUCGCUUAUAUAAUCGCGGCCGGAGGCAGAAGCGCGAGAGGAGGAAACGAGGAAAAGUCAAGAGAGAGAGAGAGAGAGAAAAAAAGAUUAGUGAGUGUCAGUAGUGCGAGUGUGUGUGUGUGAGAGAGAGAGAAAGAGUGUAUGUGUGUGAGGGAGAGAUAGAUUGCGAGAUUUCGAGAAGAAUUUCGCGAGAUCCUUUUUCUCGACGUCUUCCAAUCGCGCUUUCGAGAGUGUUCGAGAGUCGCGCGUGCACACUCGUACGGUAAGAGAAAUUUAUACCCCGAUAUCCGGAAAAAAAGAAAGGAAAGAAAAAUAUUUGCAUAUUGAGAGAAAAAAAGAGAGAGAGAGAGAGAGAGAAAGAGUUCGUGUCGCGUAUCCAAAAACGGACACGGGCUCAAAAACAGGUCCAGAAAAUGGACUCGCCUGUCAUCGUGGACACAGCAUCCAAAUUCGGACGAGAGAUCGAUCUGGACCGCUCGUUCCCCGGUUUCCCGUUCGACGACGAAACCGACGUCUUUGAUCGUCCGCGAGGCGAUACCAUCCGCGCGCACCUGGACGAUCUCGCGGCGCGCCAUCCUGAGCUCGCCGAUCAUUUGCGCGGUCCGCCUUGGCCGUUUAGUGGCUCUCUUUUACGCGAUCGUCGCAAUCGACGCCGCGGCUCUGGUGGUAGCAACAACGGACAACAACAUCAAGUGGACGAGGACGCGCGUAGCCAAGCGAGCGGUAGCAGUGCCGCGAGCGGCGCGAGCGCUGUCAGCUCGCACAGUAGCGGCGAGGGGGACUUGACAUCGUCAUCCGCGAUACCGCAAUACGGUCUGCGCAACACGGUGGACAUAGGCCAGCAGCAGCGACGUCGCAAUAUGGAGGUUAGUCCGGAGACGAGCGAGCGCGGUCAGCGUUCGAUGUCGGCGCCGCCGGAGAAUCGGCAACAGCAGCAGCAACAACAACAUGGCCAAGAUCAGCAGCAACAACCGCCAUCUGGCCAAGGACAGAGAUUUGUGUCUCGAGUAGAUAUCACACCGCAACACAAUCAACAGCGUGCCCAGUCGCCCAGCAAACCAUCGAACGUUCGGCACAUUCCUAUAUUCGUAGAGGGCCGCGACGAGCCUGUUAUGCCGAAGUUUGCGACUGACGAUAUGCCAUCGUCCACGUUCCCUCACCACCAGCGGCAACCAUCGCCGCCACAUUUUCACAGACCGUCACACUUUAAUGAACACUUUGGCAGACAACAGUGGCCGCCGUCGCAUUUUCAAAACACAUUCUACGAUCCGGGCUUUGAGCCGCAGAUACGAAAGCAUCAACAGCAAUAUCAACAACCUCAUCAGCAGCAGUAUCAUCAACAGCAGCCGCAGCACCAUCAACAGCAAUCGCAACACCAUCAACAGCAGCCGCAACACCAUCAACAGCAGCCGCAACAUCAUCAACAGCAGCCGCAACAUCAUCAACAGCAGCAACAGGCUCAACAGCCGCAAUAUCAACAACAAGAGCAAGAAAUAUCGAAACCUAAACCGCCGCCAGUCCCAAAGGACUCUCUGGAGAAAGUCGCCGAAGUACAGAAAGAAGUGGAUAAUUUAGCAGAGCAGGUGCGACGUUACGUCGGCGACUCUCGGCAAGACAAGCAGUACAUUUACCUGGACGAGAUGCUGACACGCGAACUACUCAAGCUAGACGACAUCGAGACAGAAGGCCGGGAGAAUGUGCGGCAGGCGCGUAAGAAUACCAUCAAAAGCAUACAGGAUACUAUCAGCUUGCUGGAAACGAAAGUACCACUCGCUGACCAGCAGGAGCAACAAUCCGUUAUGCAAGAGGGAGAAGAGUGCUCCGAAGAGAAGAAUCAGCAGGAAGAAGAGAUCUCGCAAGUUCCUAUGGAUGUGGAGCAGGAGAAACAGAGCAACGAACCGAUAUCUCUUUCACCGGCGCCGUUAUCGCCGACAAAGACAAAAAUGGAGUCUUUGGAAAAUGAAAACACAAUAAUUAUCGAAUCCGCGAAUCAGAGUGUCGCUCCUGCUUUCCAGCAAGAUACUAAGAUUGACGAAAAAAACGAGCAGAAAAUAGAGAAUCGCGCAGAAGAAAAUACGGAGCAGCCUAAUGUUGCAUCGACGGACGAAACGACGAAGCUCGCGGAGAAGACGAGCGAUGGAAAAGAUGACAUGACGACACAAAAUAAGGAUACAACGCCAAAACAACAGACGGAAGAAACGAAGGAGGGAAAGACGGAAUCGCCGAGACUACAGAAGAAGGUGAAAAAAACGAAAAAAAAGGAGCAGCAACCAGUGUCUGAGCAAGCGAUUCCGCUGCCACCGCCCUCGACGGAGGGCACAAAGUAAAGGAAGUGUUAUGUAGCCGGACGAAGAUAGGAUUCGAGAAAAAGAAUUGCUGUUAAAAUGAGAAUGAAGAUCGCCGAGAAAGAGAAUUUUGUACGUCCUGAAAGGACGAUGGAAAGAUUUCGAAAGACAUCGAAUAAUUGCGCUGCAAAGUAACUCGACAACUGCGUAAAGACGUUGAACGCCAGCGCGGCAGCUGUCUUUUCUUUUUUUUUCUUUUUUUACUUUUUUUUCGAUGCCAAGCUAGGAUCAAACUAGUCGCGUGCAAGCUAUGCAAUGAACGAAUUCUGCGAGUCACUCGUCAUUGCCUUAGAAUGAGGCCUUUUCUCUUUUAUAGAAUGGAAUAAACGCGAGCGAACGGUGUCGUCCGUAAGCGUUUGCGCGAAUAGUUGACUUCCUUGCGAAAACGGCCGUCUCGAGAAACAGAGUUUUCUAGAAACGGCUGCGUCUAUAUACCGUUAUAUUUUUUCAAAAAAUCUACAUAGAAGAAGAAAUUCGCAUAGGAAGAAUAUGCGCGCAGCGAGUAAAUUUUUCUCUUUCAUCAAGAUGACAGUCUGUCAUUCUUCUAACUUAUUUACCGUUUGCGAACUGAUGAUGAGGGAUUACGAGAUGAAAGACGUGUCUAAUUUAUGUGAGAUGAACUCGAAAUCGCGCGCCAAAGUUACACAGUCGUUAUUCUCUUAUAUAGCCGAAAAGAAACAAUCAAAAUUCCAGAGCAUGUGACUUCGGGAACAUCUUAUAUAUAGAAAGAGACACGUAGUUUACUAUAUAGAGAAGCGCGCUGUAUACUCAACCGUCGAGCAGACCAGAUUGUAUCGUAGACAUUUAUUUGAAAUAACUUACAUGAUUCUAUACGCAAAGAUCGCAGUUCUAUAAAUAAAAUAUGUGUAAUAGUUUGCACAAAAUUUUAGAGCGUAAAGAAGAUUAUGUUUUAGAAAAUAACACGUUUGAUAUGCAAAAAAUUUUGCGAUUUUUUUCAUCCUGUAUAUUCUUCGCGCUUCUCGUAUAUGUACUACCGAAUGACUGGAUUGGUCUGCUCGGUAAGUAUAUAACGGCAUUGUAAUCGGUACAGUAUUACGUGGAAUAUACACGUAACGACGCUGAUAAGUUAAUACUGAUUUCUUAUCGCAUGCCUAUUAAUGAUUAAUAGGAUGCCUAUUAUUAAUUUAUUGUAUGUCUGUCUGCGAGAUAAUUUCUUGUUUGCGAGUUGUAUGUUUGUUGUUCAUGCUAAUAAUUGGCACGCACGUUUAAUGUGUCAUCGCCGCAAUACGAAAUAUGUAAUAUAUACAUAUGUAUACACUUUAGAGUCGUGAACAUUUGUUGCUGAAGUCUCUCGUUUCUUUCUUUUCAGAAUUGUACAGAACAGUUUCACGCAACAUGUUUCACUUAAGAUAAUUGUAUUUUUUAAGAAUUUUUUCAAAUUUUAACCAGACAGUAAUUAAAAUCAUAUCUAUGUAAUUGGAAAAAAGAUAUAUUAACCGUUUCAAAGAUAUGAGAUAUUUAUAGUUGUAAUUUCUUAAAUUUUUAAGAAAUUAAUUUAAUGAGAUGUAUGUAAAGUUUUUGAAUCUCGAAUGAUUGAAAACAUAUAAUUAAUUUUAAUUUGGAAAUUUACUUACCAGAUCAAAAUAUUGAAAAUUGUAAAGCGAUUAGAUAAAAAUAACAUUUUGACCAUUAUCAUGUCUUUGCUUAGGAAAAAUCAGCUUUGAUCUUCGCGAAGAGUCCAUACGCGAAGCUCGCCGCACGAAUAUCCAGUGGUCCAGAUUUAGCAUUCGUUUGGAAUUCUCAAAGCGUCAGAUGCGCGAUGCUUGAGAAAAGUCAACUCGAAAUGUCAGAGAUUCAAAUCUCGUAUAUUUGAAGGCCUAUAUUUAUAUAAGUAUUCUAGAGUCUUAAAAAAAAAAAAAUAUUACAGAGUAUCGCGUGGAGAAGGAACGUGCAUCAUUCUUAAAGACUCAAAUCAGAACUCCAUUUUUUUUGGAUUAGUUUAUAUUUAUUUUUGAAAAUUUUUGAAAAAUUAAUCAGAAAUACUGUCAUUACUAGUCUCUAAAAAUAUUACGUGUAGAAUGCACUUAUGAUUGUAACUUGGCCACCGUUUUCGGCCAAAAUCAAAGAAUUUAGACUAAUUCGAGGAUCUCUUUCAAUUUCUCGUUUGUAAGGAUGACCUCCAUUUAUUUCCGUCUUCUAUUCUCUUCCUUGCAUCUGCACCGAUCCUACUUUUCAGGUUGCUGGAAAUUUUGUAUAUUUUUCGGAUAUGUGAGAUGUAUGAGAGAAAGAAGUGCACAUGACGAAAGAUACGUAAUAUAUAUACGACGAAAGUGUGUGACUAUUUUAUGAGAUUAAUCAGUAAAAAAGAAAAUACAACAAAGUCUUCUCUAUAUUAUA